UUAAAUGCAUUCUACCUUGGCUGCAUUGUGGUUUGUUGUUUAUAUGUCAACAAGUGCUUAGUUUACCGAUAACAUUAUCUGGAUAUUUUUAAUUCUAAAAUUAAAUCUAAACCAUCAAUAGAAUAUCCUGUUUAACUAUAGAAACAUCUACUACUUGUAGCAAAUGGGACCUUCCCAAAUGGACCUGGACCUAGAGUAAUUGUUUCAGUACUCCGGCGGUGCCCCGAACUCCUCAGUAAUCGCGCAUAUAGGUAGAGUCCAUGCACUUAUUUGUAAGCUUCAUAUAAAUGUGUGGUCAGCAAGGAAGUUGGACUCCACUUAAAUGGGCCUCAGAAACACCCAAUAAUUCUUUGUAGCUAAAGCCUAGUUGUUUAAAGUCAAAGUCAGACCUGCAAAUAAAUGCAUUUCAUAAAGAUCCGCCGGCCUGUUGCUUCAAUGUAUAUAAAUGCAAGGCCAGAAUUUAGUAAAAUAACAACCCAAACCCAUCCUUCAAGAGCUGCAGACAAUCAAACCAUUUUUUCAUUAGCAAACCAGAACACAGAGAGAGAGAGAGAGAGAGACAGAGAGAGAGAGAGAGAGAGAUGCAAAAGCAAGGCAGACAUAACUGGGUGGUGCUGGUCCCCUGUCCAUUCCAAGGGCACAUAACUCCCAUGCUUCAACUUGGCCAUGCUCUUCACUCCAAAGGCUUCUCCAUUGUUGUCGCCCACACGAAGUUCAACUCUCCGAAUUCAUCGAACCACCCUGAUUUUGUCUUCCUAUCCAUACCGGACAAUUUUUCCCAUCACAUUAAUCCGUUUGAAAUCAUUUCGGGCCUGAAUGAAAACUCCAAAGAAACGUUCAAGGAGUGUUUGGCUCAGUUUAUGGAGAAACACAAGCCAGAUGAUCGAGUUUCCUGCAUCAUUUCUGAUAUCGCCCUGAACUUUUUGGAUGACGUGGCUAAGGAUCUCAACGUUCAAAGCAUCGCGUUGUCCACCAACAAUGCUUCGUUCAACCUAGCUUUGUCUGGCAUUCCGCGGCUCCACGCCCAAGGUCUCAUUCCCGUGCAAGAUUCUACACUGCAGGACCUAGUGCCGGAGCUUCAUCCACUCAGGUUUAAGGAUAUACCUGUAUCCAGUUUUGCAACUUUAGAAGAAUUUCUUGAAAAACUUAGCAAAAGCAAAAGAUCAUCUUCGGCAAUUGUUUGGAACACCAUGGAACUCCUUGAGCAAACAUCACUGGCACAGCUCCAGCAACACUACCAGUGCCCAUUCUUCACAAUAGGCCCUCUGCACAAAAUUGUUCCCUCUUGUUCAACUAGUUUACUAAAAGAAGAAACUAGCUGCAUUUCUUGGCUAGACAACCAAGCCCCUAACUCUGUUAUUUAUGUGAGCUUGGGGAGUACAGCUUUUGUGGAUGAGAAAGCUCUAAUUGAGAUGGCUUGGGGGUUGGCCAAUAGCCACCAACCAUUCUUAUGGGUUAUUCGACCUGGCUCGGUUAGGGGGUCGCAGUGGAUUGAACUACUGCCGGAGAAAUUCACAGAGCAAAUUGGGGAUAGAGGUUGCAUUGUGAAAUGGGCUCCCCAGAAGGAAGUUUUGGCACAUAAAGCAGUGGGAGGAUUUUUGAGUCACUGUGGGUGGAAUUCAACCCUGGAAAGUAUUUGUGAAGGAGUUCCGGUGAUUUGUUGGCCAUGUUUUGGCGACCAGAAAGUGAAUGCAAGGUACUUGAGUACUGUAUGGGGGAUUGGCCUAGAGUUGGAGCAUGAGGUGGAUAGAGGGGAAAUCGAAAGGGCUGUUAAGAGACUUUUGGUGGACGAAGAAGGGAAGGAAAUUAGGCGGAGAGCUAUUGAGUUGAAGGAAAGGACAGAGGUUUCUACGAGGGAAGGCGGUUUUUCCUUCAAUUCCUUGAAUGCGUUGGUGGAACACAUCCUGUCAUUUUGAUUACGAAGAUGGCAGUGGCAAGUUGAGAGAAGAACAGAUGCUCCAAGGGUGUAGACUGCAGAUUGUAUCCAAAGCUGAUCCAUCCAAUCGUUCAUACGGGUUGUGAAUCAAUAGUUCUUUCUUAGCAGUUUGAGUAAGAUCAGGUCCUCCUGCAUUUGAAAUUUUUCAAGAAGAAUAAUCACAUUUCCUGUACUUUGAAAUUUUGAAUUUCCAAUACAACAUAUACUUGCAAAA